CAGUUGAGGCCUUGAGCGUUUCUCGCUAGCAGCAGAGUUGACCUGUCAAUAUUAUCAAAAGAGCCCAAAUAAUUUCGCUGAUUUUCUGCACGGACCCUCCUGCGACCUUAUCGGCCAGCCAGAAGAGUGUGCAGGGCGUGUCGUCACGAUGAGCGCCCUUCACGUCUUCACCUUGCUGUCCGUAGCAGGCGCUUUCGCCUCCGAGAUCGGAUUCAAUGGCUCAGCUGGAGACAUUUUCGACAUCUCGGAGCAAUGUUCUCCGAUAGGGAUGGUUUUGGACGAAACCCUGCAGGUGCGCUACGUUAGUGACCGCAUGAGGAACAUGGUCAGGUUCUCCUGUCCUCACGGCUUCCACCUUUCAGGACAGGAAGAGGCUGUCUGUGAAUAUGGACGGUGGAAUCUUGACAGGCUUCCUACCUGCACGUCAUACUGUUAUCAGCCUCAAGGUAUUGAAAAUGGUGGGUUGGACAUUGGGAGAGCCCCAGUUGACGGCCUUGGAUAUGCAAAUGGCACCACAGUCACAUAUUCCUGCGCCCCUGGUUAUCAGUUUCAGCCUAGUGGUGCAUCUGGAGUGCGGAUUUGCUCUAAUGGGGUCUGGUCAGGACAGGCGGUCACUUGUGUUAAAAAGGGUGGAUGCGUAUUGGAAGGCACCCUGGUAAACGGUUACUCGAUCGAGGAGAGGGAAGCGACUCACAAAGUGCGUUACGGAUGCAAAAGCGGCUACCACCUGGACGGGCCCCCAGAACGAAAGUGCCUAUCGGGCCUGUGGAUGCCACCCUUCGCGCCGAAAUGCGUCAAAAAACCAACACAAGGCGUGAUCGCCGCCGCCGACUCGUCUGAGGAGACCGUCGAGACGGGCCGCUCGUGCGCCUCGACCCCCGUCGUCCCCGGGGCCACCCUGGUUUGGGUCAAGGGGCCGAUGACCACCAAUGGCGUCACCGAGGGCACCGAGCUGCAGUUCCAGUGCAACGAGGGGCUCAGAGACACCGAGGCGCCCUGCGAGCUCAGCAAAGUCCGCUGCAUCAACGGAAAAUGGCACGGCAGACUUCCAAAGUGUGAGGAGUUCCAGGGCUGCCUGCCCCUGCCGAGCAUCCCGCACGGCGCCUUAUUCGGCCUGGCAGCUGACGGCAGGUACAGGGUCGGCGCCAGGGUGGCUUACACGUGCCAGCCCGGCUUCAGACUGCGCGGCAAUCCCGUCUUUUCUUGCGAGACCUCCGGCUGCUGGCAGCCGGCCAUGCUUCCAGACUGCGUCGCCGAUGACCAGCCGUUCUAUCUGACGGGUCUGACGCGGGGCUGGGAAGACUACUCUCUGAGCCCCGGGGCAGCGCUGCUGGCCUCCCUGGGCACCUCGCUGGCCGUCAUGGCCGUGCUGAUGGUGGUCUGCCUGGCCGUCAUUUGCCGCCGCCGUCGCAGCCGCAGCGGCCGAUCCGCUUCCGGGGGCCGGCAGCGUUCGUCCCGCCUCCACCACUGGCCCGACGACAGCCCCGAUGCCGCGCCCCAGCCACCCCCGACGUUGCUGCCCCCCGACCCAGACAGGGUGGCGCUCAUCGCUUUUGCUGACGGUCUCCAAGUUGGACAGUCGGUUUUGCCCAGCUAUGAGGAGGCGACUCGUGAGCGUGGAGGCAACCUGGCGCCCGGGGGCGGCAUAUUCUUCAACGCCCUCCAUCGGGGUCGCUCGGGGCCCCAAUGGACGGCCCUCUCUUCAGGCAGCGGACGUCGUGGCCGACGACACCAGCACGACCGGGACACGGACACUCUUUCCCACCAUUCGCUGCACGGCGGGAUCUGCACCAGGCAGUCGUCCAGCACAAGCCACUCGGCAAGCCUCCGCUCGUACGCCGUGGACCUGACGGGCUCGACGGACACGAUGGCCGCGACGAGCGACGGCUCGACCACCGUGACGCUGGACACUGUCAGCUCGCACGGCGCCUCGUCCAUCGCGUCCGGCAGCGCCUCCUGCAGGGCCAUCUGCGGAAGCCUUGCCUCUUUUGACACCAGCUCCGUCCUCAACACUGACGGCGUGCCUCUUCUUGAGGAGAGCGAGUUGGAGGCGGCCGGCGAGCGGCCAGAGGAGGCGGCCCUCGAGGAAGCGGCCUCCGGCGAGCCAAAGCAGGGCACGUGCUAGUGCCAUUCUUCGCAAGACUUGUAACCUCUCAGAUUUAGUUUUUAACCUUUUAACCUAUCUCGUUAGAAGUAUUUUAAUCGAAGGAUAAUGUCAGUACAAAUAAUGAUUAUACUACCAUGUAUGUAAAGCAAUCGCAAUUAGCGACUCUCUACAUUAUAAGUUGCACUUCUUGGAUAAUUAAGAUGUGUUAGUUCAGCCCCCCUUUGUUACAUUGUCACAAACACACACACGCUGAUGGGGAGAAGAUGUCGCGUUCCGAUUCCAGAUUUACAGCCAAUUAGCAGUGUGUUUACAGUGUGUCCCCUCGUGUUAGCCUCAUUAAUUCCAGCGUAAACGUGAAACGAUAGCAUAAAUCUCCGGAAAAGAGUGCAUGUGUAAAUAUUCGGAAUAAAUUCAAAUGAAGAGCCUGGAAAA